AUGAUUCACAAAGUCCCCUCCGUCGAUGUAUCCAUAGCGGCUAACGUCUGUUAUGUUCCUGUCUUGUCUCAGUCGUAUCUCGUCCGCUGGAUAAACGUCAGCGCUGAACAUACGAUAUCGUGGAGCAUCCAGCCACAUAAGAAGUCCCUCAAUUUUGGAAUCUUCAAGCACCCCGGCGCCUCGGGGCUUGCAGUCAACAGUGCUGCCUCUACAUAUUCGCAGACUACGGGAAGUGAAGUCAACGAUCUUUCAAAGGAGAACAACGGCCCCGCCAAACAGACGGAUUCCUCGCUUUUAAUCACCGAGAAGCUCAAGGGUGUUGGGCUGAAACCGAUCGAGUGGAUUGGGAAAUGUGAGGCCGACAAGAUAUCUCAGGGGACGUACGAUGUGGGCGCCAGCGAGGGAGGGAACUACGCACUUGUGUUUGACAACACAUUCUCUAAACAAAUCUCCAAGACCGUUACGUUCGUCCUGCUCACGUAUCCUACCAGCUGCCCGCCGCGGUCCGGGCACCAGGUCCAUCACACUCAGGCCAUAGCAGGCCCGAUCGGAUCACAGGCCCCCUCGCGUCCCAGCCCGAAACUCAACGCAACUGAUACAGAGGCGGAGGCAAAGGCUCGGGCUCAGCAGCGAGGACGACCUGGGUUCGGCGCUGCUGCAGCAAUUCGAACGGACCACUUCCCACAUCAGACUCGUCUACAAGUGCCGACCCUGAUCACAAGGAAACACAGCGUGAACAAACCCAAGUUCCAAGAUUGGACAAUCAUUGAACGAUUAGUUGAAUCGGUAUCUGCCUCGAGAGAUAAAGUGCGCCAGCUAGCCAAGGAUACAGACCCAAAAUACCUCAUGCCAACUCCAGACCAUGAAGGUAACCAAAGCCCAGCAAACGGUGUACGUCGUGUCUCGCAGCCUGGAGACGUCUCUGAGAGCAAGGAGAAACGAUCAUUUUGGAAACUCAAGGGUAAAAGUGAUAGUGGAAGCAGCACUCCAACCCAACGGCCGGCUCUAUCACCCCUAGGACCACAACAAACCCCUCCACUCAGCCACGAAGGCUCUUAUUUCGACGGCAGUUCAUCUAAAUCUGGAAUUGGAUCUGGCGUUCAUGAUGACUUAAUGAUCCUGCUUCAUGACCUGAACGCGGUUGUCUCCGAGUUUAAUGCCCUGAUUAGCGAUAGAACUCGCUCCAGGACCCCGAUAGCAAUACGGCCUGCCCACUCUGUAACAGCUGACUCUGAUUCAGAGGAGUUUUUCGAUGCCGUGGAUGGAGGAAACGUUUCUCCCUUAUUAACGAUUCACCAGGAUAGUGGCGAAGAAGACUCAAAGAGUGUUGUGACGGCUGUUGAUGAUGACGCCGCGUCGUCGUCUGGCAGUGAUGUGGAUGAUAGAGACGAGUUCCUACGCGGUGACUUCAAACUCGACUCCUCAUCCUCACUAUUCCCGGUGAAAGCACGAUCACUUGCUCCUUUACCUAUGGAAGCACCGCCCCGCAGAUCAAGGAUAGAACCACCAAUUGGCCUACCACCAAGUUUGAUCAGCUUUAUGCGGAAGAAUGUCGGCAAGGAUCUAUCGACUAUAUCAAUGCCUGUGUCUGCCAACGAGCCCCUUUCCUUGCUUCAACGAGCGGCAGAGCAGUUUGAAUAUUCUCAACUUCUUGACAAGGCAGCCAAUGCUACCGAUGCGCUGGAGCGGUUGAUAUAUGUAACUGCUUUCGCCCUCUCGCAAUUUUCCAAUUCACGAAUCAAGGAGCGGACUAUUCGCAAACCUUUCAAUCCCAUGUUAGGCGAGACCUAUGAGCUUGUUCUCCCAGAAAGAGGUUUCCGUUUCAUCGCUGAAAAGGUCUCUCAUAGACCUGUCCAGCUAGCCAUGCAGGCAGAUUCGCGUGACUGGAGCUUCAUCCAAUCCCCCAAGCCUACGCAGAAAUUCUGGGGCAAGUCGUUCUCUGGUCGCAGCGAAGAGGUCAUGGUCAAAGCCUACGAUACACAUGGUGAAGAACUUCCCCUUGGCCUACAAGGAAAUUGGACCUCGUCUCUCCAGCUGACGGAGCACGGAAACCUGACAAACAAGAUUAUAUGGGCUGCAGGCCCGCUGGUCGACAAGCCACAAAAACACUACGGCCUGACUGAAUUCGCAGUAGCCCUCAAUGAAAUUACAGCCGUUGAACAGCGCAAGCUACCACCAACAGAUAGUCGACUUCGCCCUGAUCAACGUGCAUUGGAAGAAGGCAAUGUCGACGAAGCGGAAGACAUCAAGGCACGACUAGAAGAAGCCCAGCGUUACCGCAGAAAAGAGAUGGAACAGAAGGGCGAAACAUGGCGCCCUAGGUGGUUUACACAUGUUGACGUUGAUGGCCUAGAUGGCGGGGAUGAUAUAUGGAAACUCCGUACUGGCAAGGAUGGAUACUGGGAAGAGAAGGCAAAGGGCGAGUGGACAGGCACCACGCCUAUUUUCCAGUUAUAA